UGGGUAUUCCAGUACAAGUUAUAAUGAGAGGAGAUGACUCGGUGAAAAAUUUUCUGGAGAAUCUCAAGAGGGAAACUACCAUGCACCAUGCCACUGGGAUGUUGAUAGGAUGUGGAGUUAAUUCAUCCAGCCAAAAUCAACGAUUUAAGGUUAGAAUUGAUGAAAAAAGUCAACAUCACCAUGUUCUUGAAUCCCCAGUGGAGAAAUUUGAUGAAGUGAAAGCUCUGGAUAUCAAUGAUAUCCAUGAUCCAGGGGAUUUGAAAGAAGACACUGCUAGCGAGGCCGCUUACGAUGAAGACUCGUCACAGGAUAGCAUAGACACAGAACCCGAGUCACUUAAAGGAAACGAAGCCGCUGCUCCAGUACCGGUAACAAGAGAAAAAUCAGUUGAAGGAAAUACAAAUAUUGCUAAACACUCGGAAAGUUUAGGAGUUUUAAGAGUUGUCCAAAAUGGUUCGGAUGAACCAGAGAAAAAAAUAUCUAUGGUCGACUUUGCGGGGCAGUGUUCAUAUUAUUCCUCACACCAGCUUUUUCUGAGUCCACGAGCAUUCUUCAUUUUGGUGUUCAAUAUGGAGAAACAAUUUGAUGAAAUGGUUGGAGAAGAAGUGUGUAGUCAGAAACGCUCCAUUUAUAAGGAAUGGACACAUAGAGAUUAUGUAUCUUUCUGGGCAAAGAAUAUUCAUCAAUACAGCAGUGAAAAGGCUCCAAUUCUACUGGUUGGUACUCAUGCUGAAAAAAUGACAGAAGAGGAAAAAGUGGAAUUUUUCCGUGAAAUAUGGAAAACUUUGGAAACAAAAGACAAGUCUCUGCAAGGGCAUCUUGACAAAAAUAGGGCGUUUGCAAUAGGAUUUCAUGAAAAUGAAAGCAUCGAAAAAAUAAAGGAGUCAAUUGUGGAUGUUGUUCAGAAACUUGAUCACUGGGGUGAAAAGCUUCCGCGCUCAUGGGCUAUGUUUGAAAACUUCUUCCAAGAAAAGAAAUACCUUAAAAUAAUCAACAUAAGGACACUUAUGGCUUUCAAUGAAGCAUUACCAUCGGAUAUAAAACUGGGGAGCGUUGAAGAUAUCAACAUCAUGCUGCUGUAUUUCCAUGAUAUCAGAGACAUUUUGUAUUUCAACCAGAAUGUUCUCAAGGAAGUAAUCAUCCUUGAUAUUCAAUGGUUUGCAGAUGCGUUCAAAAAUGUAAUCACGGAUAAAAAUCACGCAAAGGAGGAUUUACUCGAGUUUUCAUCUGAGUGGGACCAAUUCGAUGACACGGGAGAACUGAGUGACACUUUGCUGUCCAGGAUUUGGAAAAUGAACGAUAACGAAUACAUUGAACACAAAGAUGAGAUCAUGCUGUACAUGGAGAAGCUGGGGCUAUUGGUUAAAAUGGAUGACAAAAACUGGUAUGUUCCCUGUAUGAACAAAAAGACAUAUCCUGGAAACUCGUUCUCAUCAAACCCUUCCUCAUCCAUCCUCUGCUUCACAUUUGAUGUUCUUCCUGGGGCAUUUUCCAUCGCCUUGUAG